UCCUCACACACGCUCCGCUCUCUCGCCGCCAUUUUGUUCUGUGUGGAGCUCAGUUCGUGGUGUAUUCGGUCGCUCGUUGUCUUUAUCCAGUCACCGCUCUCGCAGUAUGGCCUCCACCGCAACCACCGAGCUCGAAAAGGCCGAGGCUGUGUGUGCAGAGGAGGUGGAAAGUAACCCAGAGGAGCCCGGAGAGGAAGAGGAGGACGCAGAGAAUGGAGAGGAGGGAGCGGGGGAGGAAGACGAAGAAGAGGAGGAGGAAGAAGUCAAAGUCGGGAACACGUAUCCCUGCAGGAGAGCAGACGGCAACCUCCAUGAUGCUGAGAUAGUGAAGACUCGGAUGAACAAGCAGGCCGGAAAGGAGGAAUUCUACGUUCAUUACGCCGGCUUGAACCGACGCCAAAACGAGUGGGUGGACAAAACGAGGUUGGUGUUGGCCAAAGCGGCAAAAGAGGAUCCCAAGGAGGAGGCGAAUGGCACUGACCGGGAGAUGACUGACGUCACGGAGCAGCCCGAGGCGAAGCCUGCGCAGAAAAGGAAGAUUGAGGAGCCAGAGCCUGAAGUGAAGAAGGUUAAGGUGGAGGAGCCCGCGUUAAACUCGUCCCUCGUCGGCCCCGGCGGGGACUUCGCGGAGGAGCUGACCUGCCCGCUGUGUGUCGAACUUUUCAAGGAUCCUGUGAUGGUCGAAUGCGGCCACAAUUUCUGCCGGAGCUGCAUCGACAAGGCGUGGAACGGCCACGAUUCGUUCUCGUGUCCCGAAUGCAAGGAAGUGAUAUCCGAACACAAGUACACCACCAACCGGGCUCUGGCCAACCUCGUCAAGAAAACGGCCGUCACUUCCGUGACUCCUGUCGAGAAAAAGGCGCGUGUCCCGGAGAACUGCCCAGAGCACGACGAGAGGCUAAAGCUUUACUGUAAGGAUGACGGCAUGUUGGGCUGCGUCAUCUGCCGGGACUCCCUCAAGCAUGCGAGCCACAACUUCCUACCCAUCCUGGAUGCCGUGGGGGUGUACAGGGAAGAGCUCUCUGCCAUCGUGGCCCCUCUGGAGGCUUCCCUGAAAGUGACUGAGCAGCUGGCCGGCCAGCAGAACGAAAAGAUCACCCAGCACAAGAGCAAUGUGUCCGAGUACAAGCAGCACAUCGAAUCCGAGUUCGAAAAGCUGCACACGUUCCUGAAGGAGAAAGAAGCCAAACUUCUGGAGCAGCUGCAGGAGCAGGGAGACAGUCUGCUGGAGGAAAUGGAGUCCAAUAUGAUCAAGAUGCAGGAGAACCGAGACUGCAUCAAGAAAACCAUCUCUGUGGCCAACGAGAGACUGGGAGACAAAGAUUCGAUCUCCUUCCUCACGGACAUCAAGUCAUUCAUCGACAAGUGUGUGGAACAUCAGAGGGACAUGGUGUCCUCCGGCAACACCAUACUUUCCAAAGACCUGUCUCAAGGAACCUUUAAGGGCCCGAUCCAGUACAUGGUGUGGAAGGAGAUGAAGUCGUUCAUUGUUCCAUACCUCGCUCCCAUGAUGCUGGACCCCAGCACUGCGCACCCCAACCUGCUGCUGUCCGACGGACUGACCAGCGUGAAGUACGGUGAUGCCAAGCUGCCGCUGCCGGACAACCCCAAGCGCUUCAGCCAGUGCAUCCUGGUCCUGGGCGCGCAGGGCUUCGAUUCCGGGCGCCACUACUGGGAGGUCGAAGUGGGAGACAAGACCGCCUGGGACGUCGGGAUGGCCAGCGAGUCCAGCAAUCGCAAGGGCAAAAUCAAGCUCAACCCGAAAAACGGCUACUGGGCGAUAUGGCUGCGAAACGGUAAUGCGUACAAAGCCCUGGAAUCCCCCUCCAAGGCCCUGACGCUAAACGCCAAACCUCGCAAAAUCGGGGUGUACGUGGAUUACGAGGGCGGCCAGGUGUCCUUCUACAACGCCGACGACAUGUCCGCCAUCUACACGUUCAACGCCACUUUCACCGAGAAGCUGUACCCGUACCUUUCCCCGUUCCUGCACGACUCCGGCAAGAACACGGAGCCCCUGCGCCUUCUGCACAACUGAACACCACGGCGCUGAUGCGUGUGGGAACAUCUCAGUACAUUCCUCGGCCCCCGGGGGCCAGCCAAUCACCCGGCGAGCAUCCAGUUUAAUGGCCGUCGCCGCUGAAUGUUUUAAAUCUGCACCCAAGCGAGCGUUUACUCCUGUGAAUAUUAAUUGGAAAGUGGGAUUUAGCCCCAAUUACCCGCCGGGGUCCCACGCCUCUCCCUGCUUAGUGCCACGCUUCGCCCUCUCCGUGUUGACCCCCGUCCGGUAGAGCCAGCGGCUGUAGAGCUGUUGCUGCGCGAGGACUCUUAGUUUUGUGAGUGAUGGCGGGUUUCACCCUUCUGUUUGUAUGUUUGGGAGGAUAAUGGCGUCUCGGUUAUUCUGAGUGUUGCAUCCCUUUUUGUUUUACUUUUGAGAAUAAAACCACGUUGAUGAGA